GGGCCCUAACGGUUCCUAGUCUGAGAUUCCUUGUUGAGGGUCUGCAACUUGAGCUUCUAUUUCGAGAGGCUUUCAGGUCCUUGACGUGGAGGUAGUGGGUGGUUGGUCCAGCCUUCGACGUGGAGUAAUUCGAACUUUCGAGAAAAUUGAAAUAGAACUGGAGAGGAAAACACCCAUAGAAAAAAGAUGUCUCGAAAAAUUGCCAAGGCAUCAAAAAAAGUGAACAUCUCUAGCUCUCUGGAAUCUGAAGAUAUUAGUCUAGAAACAACAGUUCAUACGGAUGAUAUUUCAUCAUCAGAAGAGCGAGAUGGUAAAAUUAAAAUCACCCAGCAACUAAUUGAACGUAAAGAACUACUUCAUAACAUUCAGUUACUGAAAAUAGAGCUGUCCCAGAAAAAUAUGAUGAUAGACAGCUUGAAGGUGGAUUAUCUUACAAAGAUUGAAGAAUUAGAGGAGAAACUUAAUGAUGCACUUCACCAGAAGCAGCUACUGACAUUGAGAUUAGACAAUCAAUUGACUUUUCAGCAGAAGGACGCCAGAAAAUAUCAAGAACUAAUGAAACAAGAAAUGGAAACGAUUUUAUUGAGACAGAAACAACUAGAAGAGACAAAUACUCAGCUAAGAGAGAAGGCGGGAGAUAUUCGUCGAAAUCUGCGUGACUUUGAGUUGACAGAAGAGCAAUAUAUGAAACUAAAAGGUUUUCCUGAAGAUCAGCUUUCUAUUCCUGAAUAUGUAUCUAUUCGGUUCUAUGAACUAGUGAAUCCAUUAAGAAAGGAAAUCUCUGAACUGCAAGUGAAAAAGAAUGACCUAUCAGAAGAAUUGAGUGAAAACAAAGCCCAACUGAAACAACUGACCGAGACUUAUAAUGAAGAUCGAAGAAAUUACUCUGAACUUCAAACUAGAUGUCAACGUUUGGCCUUAGAAUUAGCUGACACAAAACAGUUAAUUCAGCAAGGUGACUACCGUCAAGUAAACUAUGAUAAAGUCAAAAAUGAGCGCGAUGCACUUGAACAGGAAUUAAUUGAGUUAAGGAGAAAACAUGAAAUACUUGAAGCCUCUCACAUAACUCAAGCUAAAGAAAGAAGUGAAUUAUCAAAAGAGGUAAGCACCUUACAGCAGACUGUUACGUUACUGCAAAAGGAUAAGGACUACCUCAAUCGCCAGAACAUGGAGCUCAGUGUUCGCCGUGCCCACGAAGAGGACCGCCUUGAAAGACUUCAGGUUCAACUUGAAGAAACCAAAAAGGCGAGAGAAGAGAUGUAUGAAAAAUACGUCACAUCCAGAGACCAUUAUAAGACCGAAUAUGAAAAUAAACUACAUGAUGAACUGGAACAAAUCAGACUGAAAACUAAUCAAGAAAUUGAUCAGCUUCGAAGUGCUUCUCAGGAAAUGUAUGAACGGGAAAACAGAAAUCUCCGAGAAGCAAGGGAUAAUGCUGUGGCUGAAAAGGACCGAGCGGUAAUGGCUGAAAAGAAUGCUUUAGAAAAACACGAUCAGCUCUUAGAGAGGUACAGAGAACUACAACUUAGUACAGAAAGCAAAGUAUCAGAAUAUCUCCAUCAAAGUAAAUUAAAAUCCUUUGAAAGUGAGCGUGCUCAACUUAUGCAAGAGGAAACUGCAAGAAAUCUCACACAGUGCCAGUUGGAAUGUGAAAAAUAUCAGAAAAAAUUAGAGGUUUUAACUAAAGAAUUUUAUAGUCUUCAAGCCUCUUCUGAAAAACGCAUUAUUGAACUUGAAGCACGGAACUCUGAGCAUCAGGCAAGGCUCGACAUUUAUGAGAGAUUGGAAAAAGAGCUUGAUGAAAUAAUAAUGCAAACUGCAGAAAUUGAAAAUGAAGAUGAAGCUGAAAGGGUUCUUUUCUCCUAUGGCUAUGGUGCUAAUGUUCCCACAACAGCCAAAAGACGACUAAAGCAAAGUGUCCACUUGGCAAGAAGAGUGCUUCAGUUAGAGAAACAACACUCGUUGGUUUUAAAAGACCUGGAACAUCAAAAGGACCAAGUAACGCAGCUUUCACAAGAGCUUGACAGAGCCAAUUCUCUGUUAAACCAGACUCAGCAACCUUACAGAUACCUCAUUGAAUCAGUGCGCCAGAGAGAUUCUAAGAUUGAUUCGCUGAAAGAGCAUAUUACACAACUUGAGAAAGAUGUCAGCAAUUUGAAUAAAGAAAAGUCAGCUUUACUACAGAUGAAGAAUCAAAUGGCAUUAGAUUUAGAACAACUCCUAAAUCAUCGUGAGGAAUUGGCAGCAAUGAAACAGAUUGUCACUAAUAUGCGCAGUAAGCGUUCUGAGGACCAGUUACUACUUACUAAGACAGAAGCAAAAAAUGUGACAGAAGAUCAUAAAUCAAAGACUUUAAAUGUGCCUAGAGAACAUGAAGACAAUAUAUUUAUACCCAAACCAACACUCUUUACCAAAAAAGCAGCACCUGAGUGGUCUAAGAAACUAAAGAUGAAGACCUAGUGUUUUAGAUGGAUUUGCUGUAUCAUUAUUUACUCCUGAAGUUCUUUCUCUGCUGAACAAAAAGUUUAUCUUAAUCAUGUAUACUCGGCAUUUUUAUAAAUAACUAAAACUAAUUUUAACUGAAUGUUAAAUUAACAGAUUCCAGCCUAAGAAUCAAAAUGUAUAAAGUACAAACAAUAGUCUGCUUUGUAUUUGAUUUUAUCUAUUGUGUUACAAAAUAAAUAUC